AUGCCCGUGGCGCAGAUCCUGCAAUCCAUGGAUGCGACCGUGACCGUGUGUCACUCCCGCACCCCUUGCUUGGAGCGGCUCGUGAAAGAGGCCGACAUAGUGGUCGCUGCACUCGGAAAGCCAGAGUAUGUUCGCAGUGCCCUCAGCGGCAUGUCGUUGUGCCAAACUUCCGAAGCCAUUCUUCUGGAACCAUGUGCCACGCAUCUCUGGCAGAGGCAGAACACACAGGACUUAAUCGCCUUCGUACGGAUAUGUAGCCAUUCCAAUCUAGCUUUACGCAGAAGAGCAAAAGGGUAUAAGAAGAGAACAGCCGCCCGGCAAGCUUCGCCUGCAUAG